CACUUCCAAUGUCCAACGAACAAGACAAAUCAAACACGUGAAGCUUUCCCGGAAAAUUUUUUCCUACACGAUUCCCGAGGCGGCCUCUGAACCAACCAAACGACUCACUCGCCGGAGCUGCUUAUCCAUCUCAUCGGCCAACAACACUUGUGAGUCCAGAGUGUGUGAGAUGAUCAAGCUGAAUUGAAUAUUACUGCCAUGGUGGGGUUUACUGUUAGAUUGGUUUUGAUGUGAAGAUAUAAAGUAGGAUGAUGAUGCAGAAAACUGAGUCUAAGAAGAGUAACAGUUCUGGUCAAUUGUUGCGUGACAUUGAGGAAAUAAGCAAAGCCCUUUACUUGCAUAAACCUCCUCCAAAGGCUUUGUUGCCUCCUCCUCCUCAUGAUUCACGGUCCAAAUCCGCUGAAAAGACCCGGUUUUCGGGCUCCAAUUCGAACCCGGCAUUUCUUAGGGAAGAUUUGUUGCAUAAGGACAAGAAGUCAUCUUCAAUUUGGAAUUGGAAGAAGCCCUUGAAGGCUCUCAGUCACAUUGGGAAUCGGAAGUUCAAUUGUUGUUUUUAUCUUCAUGUUCACGCACUUGAAGGUUUGCCUGUGAGUUUCAACAAUCUGAGCGUGUGUGUGCAUUGGAAGAGGAAGGAUGAGGUGCUUCAGACCAGUUGCUCGAUGGUCGAAGAGGGCAUGGCUGAAUUCGAUGAAACUUUGAUGCAUAGGUGUACUGUGUAUGGGAGUAGAAAUGGCCCAAACAAUUCGGUUAAAUAUGCGGAGAAGCUUUGUUUGAUCUACAUUUCUGUGAAUGGGGCACCGGGGCUUGAUAUUGGGAAGCAUUGGGUUGAUCUUACAAGGCUGUUGCCACUUACUUUUGAGGAGUUAGAGGGGGAGAAGAGCUUUGGGAAAUGGUCGACUAGCUUUAACCUUUCAGGCAAGGCUAAAGGCGGUAAGCUAAAUGUUAGUUUGGGGUUUUUGGUGACACAGGAUAAGGUUGCUAAUUUGAGUGGUAAUCCAAAUGUUCCUCAGGUUAUAGACGCUGUGCCGAAAAGGUCAAGUAGCUUGGAUACUGGUGCUAGGAGGAUGCUUCGAAGAGUUGGUAGCGUGCCAAGUAAUGUAGCCUCCAGGCCUGCCUUUUCAUCUCAGACUCUUGAUUUGAAGGUUUCUCAGGAAGUUAUGCUGACGGGAGGAUUGGAGCUUUCCAAGUCGAUUAAUUUCUUAUGUCAGAGACUUGAUGAGGGGAAGUUGGGUAGAGUAAUAGAGUCAGAUUCUGAAGAUGUGGUCCCACUCAAACCUCAGCCAGAUUUGGAUGGUUUAUCUGCUAAGGGAAUCGAAGAGUAUGAGGAUGAUAAUGAUGUUGAAUUUACCAUUGUCGAAGUUGGGACAGAAAUACCUGAGAAGGAAAAGUUGAACUCUGAUCGAGUUUCUGGUGAUGCUAAUGACGUUUCCGCAAUUGAGAAUAUCUAUGUGGAUGAUGUCAUUGAGGAUUAUGACAUAGACCUUGAUGAGAAGACUAUGAUUGUUUCAAAGGAUGUCUGUGGCAAUUAUGUGGAUGACUUCAUGGUGAAUGAAACAAAACAUGAAGAAGAUAGCAUAUGCAGAUCAAACAUGAAAGAGGUGGAGUCAGCAGAGUUGAAUCAUCCAUUUGCUUUAGAAGAGUGUCUUGAGGAGAGAGGCCACAUGGAGCUUAAGUCGACUUACAUGGCUAGUAAAACAGGUAAAAAAUCACUUAGCCUGGAUGAUGUUACUGAAUCUGUAUCAAAUGAGUUCUUAAACAUGCUGGGGAUGGAUGGUUGCUGGAGUUCUAAUAGUGAUCCAGAGUCUCCUAGAGAACUACUUUUAAGAGAGUUUGAAAAAGAGGCUCUGACUUCUGGAGAUUUAUUUUUCAAUGUUGAUUGGAAUGAAGAGCAGCCCGAAAUUGGAUCCUCUGUUUCUCCGGUUUCUUACUAUGAAGAUUAUUUUGAAAAUUCUGAUUUGUCUAUGAUUAUUCAAGCUGCUGAAGAGGAAAGCAAGAGAGAAAGUGACUUAUUAAAGAGAAGAAAAGCCACAAUCCUGGAAGGCUUGGAGACCGAAGCUUUGAUGCGAGAAUGGGGAUUAAAUGAAACGGACUUUCAGAACUCUCCACGUAUCCUUUCUGGUGGAUUUGGCAGUCCAAUUGAUCUACCCCUUGAAGAGCCACCGCUACCACCACUUGAAGUAGGCUUUGGUCCUUAUGUUCGAAUGAGGGGUGGAGGUUUUUUGCAGUCUAUGAAUCCUUCUCUUUUCAGAAAUGCUAAAAAUAGUGGGACUUUGGUCAUUCAAGUUUCUAAUCCAAUUGUAAUACCGGCAAAACUGGGUUAUGAUGUUGUGGAGAUAUUGCAGCAGUUGGCACUGGGUGGAAUUGGUAAGUUGCAUAUGCAGGUGAGCAAGCUAAUGCCUUUGGAAAAUAUAACCGGCAAGACAAUACAUCAAGUAGCAUGGGAGGCGGUACCAACCACAGUGGUCUCUGAGAGUUGUUUCAGGUUUGAGCAGAUUUUGUAUGGUGAGAGCAAGGAUGAAGGGUUUCCAUCUAGUUGGAAUUUUAAUGACCUGAGAUCAGAACUAGAAGGUGGUGAGAUGGGAUCAGACUAUGUAUCUCUAGAAUGUCUUGUUCCAUUAGCUAUAAAUAAGAUUGAAGCCCUCUCACUGGAAGGGUUAAGAAUACAGUCUCACAUGUCAGAUUCAGAGGCACCGUCAAGUAUAUAUCCUCAGUCUGGUGGGAGGAUUACAUGCCCACAUGCAAAUUGUGGUGAAAUUUUCAGGUCAGGAGUUGGAGGAGGGUUGCGAAUGUCGGAUUUUAGAGACUCUGAUGAUGAUAUUGAUGAAUUAUUGGAUCUGUCUUUAUCAUUGGAAGAGUGGUCAAGGCUAGAUGCUAAUAUUCGUGGUGAUGAAGAUCAAAGCAGAGAGCAGUUUUUGAAAAUCCUUGCUGCUCAUGAUGCCAAGUGCACAGAUUUGGUUGAUGAAAUUUUGACGGAAGACGGGAGCUGCAGUGAUUUAUCUGGUAGGAAUUGUGGAGUCUUGGGAAACAAUCUCACAAUUGCUCUCAUGGUGCAGCUUAGAGAUCCCUUUCGGAACUAUGAGCCAGUUGGUGGGCCAAUGCUUGCUCUAAUCCAAGUGGAGAGAGGUAUAACCCAUUCAAUUCGAAAAAUUCCUAGCACGGUGUUGAAUGAUAGCAACGAAAAAGAACAUGAUGUCACCAUCUUAGAGGAUAUUGAUGGCAAGGAAACAGAGAGAAAUGAAGGAGAUGAAGAAGGCAAUCCCCAGUUUAAAAUUAUCGAUGUCCAUCUUGCAGGAGUGGACACUGAGUCUGGUAACGAGCAGCUUUGGGGUACUACAACACAACUGCAAUCCGGGUCCCGAUGGUUGCUUGCUGCUGGUUUGGGUAAGGCCAUUAGUUUUCCACUUUCGAACUCAAAAGCCAUUGUGAGAUCAUCCCCAUUGGCUUCAGCGAAGUGGCAGUACAGGGAUAGUUUCUGGAGCAUCUCCUCUACUUCUCAUGUUCAGGAUACGAGAGCUGCGUGGAAAGACUUGAUUGCUCCACAUAUUCGAAACCCUAAUGUCAUAUUUUUGAAUGAAACCAUCAAGCCACACUGAACAUGUAAAUGUUAGCUUGUUUUAGUCUAUAUGAUGCAUGAUGCAUUAUUUUGUUUAUAGAGUGAAAAGAGAGGCAAAUGUUCAUUAUUUCUUUUCCUAUUCAUGUCACCCGAGCUAGUUGAUCAUGCAGUAGAUUUUUCCUACA